AUGCUUGUUACCCAUACAUUGAUGGCAUUAAAUCCUACUAAACAAAAUCCAGGAAGAAAUCGUAAAUAUAUGAGUGAUUCAAUACCUGUUAUACAAACACAAAUGACUAAUAAUUAUGUAUGCCCAUUUAUUACUGCAAAAUCUCCUACUUUUGUUCCAAAAUCAAAUUUCGUACCGAAAUACCAAACAUCUAUACAACAACCAAUAGAACAAUACGAUCACACACCAUUUAUGCCAAAGCAGGCAUCUACAAUGCCUCAAAAAAUGGAAGAUUCGCAAAAUCAAUAUUCUCCUACUUCUCCUGUAAAGAUUUACAAACGAACAGCAUCGAAAGGACUUCCUAAUAGAAAUUCAAAGCAAGAAAAUACUAAUAAUCAAGAAAAUUCGCAACAACAAACGUCUUUCUUCCAAAUUGACGAAAAACAGCAAAAGAACAAAGAAAUUACCGAUGACUUUUACAAGGAUGAUAGUCUGAUGACUCCUGUCAGCACAAUUAGCUCUUACAACAAAAAUUCAAAUCAAAUUUCCUCAAAUACUUCAUACCAGAGCCAAAUGAACAUGGCACAACAACAACAAUCUUACAAUACAUACCAGCCAUCGUAUCCAUCUCAAACUUCGUAUUUCAACAAUGAUUCGAAUUAUAGCGCUUCAAAGCCAUCAAAUGUCCAGAAUUCGUAUUCCAAUGUAUCAAAUGACCUUUAUUCUAAAAAUUCUACGCUAAACAGCUCGAAUUUGACAAAUCAAAAUUCAUUUUUCAGCCAAAGCCAAAAUUCUUAUCAGAAUCAAUUACAAACAUCAAAUGUAAACCAGUUUACAUCGAAUUCCCAAAUUUCUCGAAAUUUAAAUACGAAUUCUUCACAAAAUGCGGCCAAUCAGCAGCCAAUGAUGCAACAAUCGGCAUCUUCGUAUAGUAUGCCAACAAAUAGUACACAAAACUCGAUGAAUUUUAUGCAAAAUUAUAAUUCUCAAAAUCAAGGCUUUGAAAUGAAAAGUCCUAUAGGUAUUCAGAGCUCCAGCUACCAGACAUCAACAUCAGCUACUCAGAAUCAAAGAAACUACUCAAAUUCAUACCAAAUCCAGAAUCAGUCUCAAUUUAUGACACAAAGCCCAUUACCUCAUUCUGGAUCGAACAGUAACAUCAACCAGCUACAAAAUACAUCUCAACUCCAAAGUUCAACAACAAAUUCAAACUAUAAUCAGCUUCAGACACAAUUUCAGUACCAAAGCAGCUAUCCAAGUCAACAAACAACUCAGUCUUAUACCAAUAACCAGAAGAACAGUACUUUUUCUACACAAAAUUCGUAUCAAAAUCAAAAUUCACAGCAAAACUCAUUUUCUAUUCAAAAUCAGGCCAUGUUCCAACAAUUGAAUCAACUCAAUUUCCCAAACCAAGUUCAAAAUUCUUUUUCAAGCCAAAAUUCGAGUUCUUCAACGAAUCAAGUGAAUUUUUCAAACAAAGUACAAAGUCCAUACUCCAACCAAUCAUCUGCUGCAACUCCUCAAUCAAAUUUUGCAAACCAAGUUCAAUCUCCUUAUUCAAACCAAAUUUCCGGUUCAAACAACCAAACAACGUUUACUAAUCAGGUCCAGUCACCAUAUUCAACACAAACCACCUCUAAAACUCAGAACCAAAUGAAUUUUUCAAGUCAAAUUCAGUCAAAUUAUUCAAAUCAGUCAACAAUCAAUAAGAACAUGACGAACAUCCCUAAUAAGAUGCAAACAACUUAUUCAUCUACUUCAAAUGUUAGUUCUGUGCCUCAAAACCAAAUUAAUUUUACAAAUCAAACAAAUUCUCAAAAUCAAACAACAUUUUCCGGCCAAAUGCAAUCUCCAUAUGCAUCUAGUCAAACAAGUAAUGCACAGAACUCUUUAAACCAAUCAAAUUUCCCAAAUCAAAUUCAACAAAAUUAUCAAAUGAACCAAACAACUCCAGCAACUACAAAAAGUCAGAUUCAGUCAUCAUAUUCAAUUCCCUCCAAUAAUUCCUCUCAAAAUCUUCCAAAUUCAAGUCAAUUUUCCACUUCGACAAAUUUGACAACACAAACCAAACAACAGCCAUCGUAUCAGAGUUCUUAUUCGAAUACAACCUACAACAACCAGCAACUCAACAACUUCUCAAAUUAUAAUCAGCAAAACUUCACCGGACAGAGCCAGAACCUAUACAAUUCUCAAUCAAAUAAUGUUUCACAGCCGAAAUCGUCAUUUUCAGGUCAACCACCUCUUCCUCCUGAAAUAAAGUCUCCAUUCAGCAUCCAAAACGCUUCUCCUUACCAAAGCAACGAUAGUUAUAGCUCCAGUUACCAGAACCAGACAUCCAAUUCAUCAACUUCUUCUUUCCAGAACCAAAAUCUUUAUUCAACACAAAAUCAGUCAACAACUUACAAUAACUCCACUUCUAAUACAUCUUAUAUGCAGAACAAACCAACUCCUGCUGCUCCGAAACAACAAAAUUCCUCAAAUGUGAGUUAUUCCAAACAAUCUUCGAAUUCUUACCAAAAUACAACUGUUCCAAUGACUGGUUCCAGUUCAAACACGAUGAAUUCUCUGUCCCAAACUGUAGCUCCAACGAAAUCUUCUGCAAAUCCACAAUUUGCAGGGAAAAGACCUCCUUCUUUCGCUCCUUCCACCGCUAAAUCACCUGUUACAACUAAUUCUUCCCAAUUUGAUCAGCCAAUGAAUGUCAAAAACAAUGUUCCAAGAUUAUCUCCACAACAACAGCCACAAACAGCAAAUACAGCACAGAAAGUUAAUCAAAGUGCGAGUUUGCCUCCUUCUGCAUUCCAAAACAGCUUCGGAACUGAAAAGAAAGAAAAUCCAUCAACAAUCCAAACAAUUCCAGGCAAAAGACCUCCUGUUCCAACAAUCCAACCAUCAUCAUACUUUGCCCAGCAGCCCGCUUCAAAUCCAACAACUCCUUCCACUUCAAAUUCUUCAUCCCAAAGAAAUGUUGGCCAAAAAGCUCCUCCAAGGCAAAUUCCAACAGCACAAACCACUCCCAAGCCAACAACUCCAUCAGUUCCUCCUCCAACAGCUAUUUCUUCUUCGAAUUUGUAUCAAUCCAAGCAAACUCCAUCGAAUAACCCAACCAAAGCCAUGAAAGGUCCACAGACCCAGCCAAAGAAGCCAGAACCAGUCAAAAAAGCCAUUGACGACGAAGAUGACGAAGAUCUUUAUUUUAUUACUCCUUCAGCGGCCAAAAAGGACACAAACUUCCAGUUCUCAGCCAACGAUGACGAUGCAGAUGACGAAGAUGAGUCUAAUGCCAACGAUUCAGAUUCAUCAGAUUCUCCCCCUUCAAUUCCACCUCCUCCUCCACCUGUCUCGACCACAACUGUUAGUUCCUCGUCCAGUUCUGCGGGAAGAGGCAAAACAAGGGGCAAAUCAACAAUGGGAGGGAAAGGAGUCCACGCCGCCGUCAACAUGUACUACAAGAGAGAUGAAAAACAGCAGCAAUCGCCUGUUUCACCUGUUUCUCCUCAAAAAGAUGAAAAGAAAGAUGAAAUCAGAAAAAGUGACACUUUUCAAAGAGAAAUUGAAGAAAAAGAGGAAUCAUUGGAUAGUUUCAGUGAUGAUUCCACUCCACAACCCGUUUCUCAUGUUAUUCAGCCUCAGAAAGCAGCCAAAACGUCCCAAAAAGGCAAAAAGUUCAAAUUGAAAGACGACACAUACGAACUCGAGAGUUCCGAUGACUGGGACACGAACGACUACUCCGAUGACUUCAGCGACGACUCCCCACCAGUGCGGAAAAGAGGAAGACCGCCUGGGAAGUCGAAGAAGAACAAAGACGUCGAAGUCAAACCGAAAAGACCAGGACCAGGAAGGCCUCCGAAGAAUCCAAACGCGAAACAGAUGAUGAGUCAGCCAUUGACGAAUGAAGAGAUGACACUGUUCUUGAAUAACAUUGACAAGGCACAUUCGCAACUCGAUGAAAAGAAAUCAUUGAGAAUUGUGAAGAAAAUUGUCAAAAUUAUUGAAGAAAAUGAAAAAAUCGAAUUACCUGACCCUGUUCCAACUGUUGAUUUCGCAACUCUCUCCCCGCAGACAAUGAGAUCUUUGAUUGAGAUGCUACAGAACUUCUUCCAGAAAUGGAAACUAGAUUAUUACGAAUAA